ACUCACACUCACACUCAAAGCCCGCCUCGGGUCAGCUUCGUGACAUCGGAAUCCGGGGGCUUCCGAACCUCGGGAUCUCUCCUCUGCAUUCCAGAUGUGACUUGCUUGGCACGCAACGAUUGGCGAUUAUUCCGCGAGAUCCCGUGCUGGGAAAGCUCCCUUAGCCCGUGGCCAGGCUGAAUGGCUGAUAAGAGGUGGAUUAAGAGGAGAGUUAGACAGACCAAUAGCUGCUGCCAGUGGGAGUAUUUGUUAUUCACAUGGAAGAGACUUUGCGUUGUGCUCUGGAAUCGCAGCCCCUUUCAGCACCAAGAACAGCUACAAGUGCAGCUCCCAGUCCCAGGCUCUCACAGCCGCAUGCCCUGACAUGGAGCUGCAAGCAGCCAAGGCGGGCUUCUUUACAGCACCCUCUGCCUGAAAUAGGGAAUAGUUCUGCUGCAGGGCUGACUUCAUGUAUUGUUGACCUCAUCCCAACAUCAGGACCUCAGAUAUUCUAAUUAUCUCAUCAGUCUAUGGGAGCUGAAUUGAUUGAUAGAGAAACUUGAAUCAUAUGGGCCCAAUGGAAAUUCACUGUGAAGCUCACAUCCAGAAACCUUGCUGAAACACAUAGAGCCCUUACUUCAUGGGCCCUAAUGGUAGCCUUCAGAAGGUACAGCUUCAUAUGGUCCCCUUCCUUCUGCAGCAAGAAUAAACUUUGGGUCUUGGAUUUUAAUACCACUUGUGGAGAAAAUGGUAUGCGAAGGAAAGCGGUCGCCUUCUUGUCCUUGUUUCUUCCUCCUGACAGCCAAGUUCUACUGGAUUCUCACCAUGAUGCAAAGAACUCACAGUCAGGAAUAUGCUCAUUCUAUUCGAGUGGAUGGGGAUGUCAUUUUGGGAGGACUAUUCCCCGUCCAUGCAAAAGGAGAUAGAGGGGUACCUUGUGGAGAGUUGAAGAAGGAAAAAGGGAUCCACAGACUAGAGGCCAUGCUAUAUGCAAUAGACCAGAUCAAUAAAGAUCCUGAUCUCCUUGCCAAUAUCACUCUCGGGGUCCGGAUCCUGGACACUUGUUCCCGAGACACUUAUGCUCUAGAGCAAUCUUUAACAUUUGUGCAAGCAUUAAUAGAGAAAGAUGCUUCGGAUGUGAAAUGCGCUAAUGGAGAUCCACCCAUUUUCACUAAGCCCGACAAGAUAUCAGGGGUCAUAGGUGCUGCAGCAAGUUCUGUAUCUAUCAUGGUUGCUAAUAUUUUAAGACUUUUUAAGAUACCUCAAAUCAGCUAUGCAUCGACAGCUCCAGAGCUCAGUGAUAACACCCGGUAUGACUUUUUUUCCCGAGUGGUUCCACCUGACUCCUAUCAAGCUCAAGCCAUGGUCGAUAUUGUGACAGCUCUUGGAUGGAAUUAUGUGUCAACCCUGGCUUCGGAGGGGAACUACGGCGAGAGUGGUGUGGAAGCAUUUACGCAGAUCUCCAGGGAAAUCGGUGGUGUUUGUAUUGCUCAGUCACAGAAAAUCCCCCGUGAACCAAGGCCUGGAGAAUUUGACAAAAUCAUCAAACGUUUAUUGGAAACACCUAAUGCUCGGGCAGUGAUCAUGUUUGCCAAUGAGGAUGACAUCAGGCGAAUAUUGGAAGCUGCCAAAAAAGUAAAUCAAAGUGGGCAUUUCCUCUGGAUUGGCUCAGAUAGUUGGGGCUCAAAAAUAUCACCUGUCUAUCAACAAGAAGAAAUUGCUGAAGGAGCUGUAACUAUUUUACCCAAAAGAGCUUCAAUUGAUGGAUUUGAUCGAUAUUUUAGAAGCCGGACUCUUGCCAAUAAUCGAAGGAAUGUGUGGUUUGCUGAAUUUUGGGAGGAGAAUUUUGGAUGCAAAUUAGGAUCACAUGGAAAAAGAAAUAGUCAUAUCAAGAAAUGCACAGGAUUAGAACGAAUUGCCCGGGAUUCCUCCUAUGAGCAAGAAGGGAAAGUCCAGUUUGUAAUCGAUGCAGUAUAUUCCAUGGCUUAUGCCCUUCACAAUAUGCACAAAGAUCUCUGUCCUGGCUAUAUUGGUCUUUGUCCACGAAUGAGUACAAUUGAUGGUAAAGAGCUCCUUAGUUAUAUUCGGGCUGUAAACUUUAAUGGCAGUGCUGGCACGCCAGUCACUUUCAAUGAAAAUGGAGAUGCUCCUGGGCGUUAUGACAUUUUCCAGUAUCAGAUAAACAACAAGAGUACAGAAUAUAAAAUAAUUGGUCACUGGACUAACCAGCUUCACCUAAAUGUAGAAGACAUGCAGUGGGCUAAUAGAGAGCAUACUCAUCCGGCAUCUGUCUGCAGUCUGCCAUGCAAGCCUGGGGAAAGGAAGAAAACGGUAAAAGGAGUCCCCUGCUGCUGGCAUUGUGAGCGGUGUGAAGGUUAUCAUUACCAGGUAGAUGAACUGACCUGCGAACUCUGCCCUUUGGAUCAAAGACCCAACAUCAACCGCACAGGUUGCCAGCUCAUUCCCAUUAUCAAGCUGGAAUGGCAUUCUCCCUGGGCAGUGGUGCCCGUGUUCAUUGCUAUCCUGGGAAUCAUCGCUACCACCUUUGUCAUCAUGACCUUUGUCCGCUACAAUGACACUCCGAUCGUGAGGGCGUCUGGGCGGGAGCUGAGCUACGUGCUCUUGACCGGAAUCUUCCUCUGUUACUCGAUCACUUUUUUAAUGAUCGCCGCCCCGGACACAAUCAUCUGCUCCUUCCGACGCAUCUUUCUGGGGCUAGGCAUGUGUUUCAGUUACGCAGCCCUCCUGACCAAAACAAACAGAAUCCACCGGAUAUUUGAACAAGGAAAAAAGUCCGUCACAGCUCCCAAGUUUAUAAGCCCAGCGUCCCAGUUGGUGAUCACCUUCAGCCUCAUCUCGUUGCAGCUUCUGGGAGUCUUUGUCUGGUUUGCUGUGGACCCCCCACAUAUCAUCAUUGACUAUGGCGAACAGAGGACACAGGAUCCCGAGAACGCCAGAGGGGUGCUCAAAUGUGACAUUUCUGACCUCUCGCUUAUUUGUUCCCUCGGAUACAGUAUCCUCUUGAUGGUCACGUGUACUGUUUAUGCCAUUAAAACCAGAGGCGUCCCAGAGACCUUCAAUGAAGCGAAACCCAUUGGAUUUACAAUGUAUACCACCUGCAUCAUUUGGUUAGCUUUUAUUCCCAUCUUUUUUGGUACAGCACAGUCAGCAGAAAAGAUGUACAUCCAGACAACAACACUUACCGUCUCCAUGAGUUUAAGUGCUUCGGUAUCUCUGGGCAUGCUCUACAUGCCCAAGGUUUAUAUUAUAAUUUUUCACCCUGAACAGAAUGUUCAGAAACGGAAGCGGAGCUUCAAGGCUGUGGUGACAGCUGCCACCAUGCAAAGUAAACUCAUCCAAAAGGGAAAUGGCCGUCCAAAUGGCGAGGUGAAAAGUGAGCUCUGUGAAAGUCUAGAAACCAACACUUCCUCUACCAAGACAACAUAUGUCAGCUACAGCAAUCAUGCAAUCUGAAGAGAGAAAUGAAAUCAAUCUGAAGAACUGCGGUAUGUGAUCUUAACAACGAAUAUGACACCACCAAAAACUCACUCUUGGAAAUCUCUGUAGACUACAAUCAAUCAAUAGUCAGUCUCUUAAAGAGCAAAAAUUAAUCAUGAGCCAAAAGUAUCGGUAAUGGGGAGGAAAGAAAUCUGUUUUAAAAGAUACAACCAAUGAGUUUAAAGCUCAAGAAUUGCUUACUCAUGAGAAGUUUAAAAAAAAAAUCACAAAAGGAAAACUAAUGUUAGCUUGUGAAAAAAAUGCUGUUGAAAUAAACCAUGUCUGAUGUUAUUCUUGUAAGUAAUUUUUUGUGAUUGUGAGAACUCCCAUUCCUGUCCUACAUUGUUCAACUUGUAUAAGACAAUGAGUCUGUUUCUUGUUAAUGGCUGACUGGAUUGAAGCCCUGGGUUGUGCUAAAAAUUAAUGCAAUGGUUGAAGCAUGCACAUUUUUAUACAAAUAAUUUAUUUCUAAUAAUAAAGGAAUGUUUUGCAAAUGUU